AAUAAACAGAAAAAUUACCGUAAACAGCUCCUCAGUUAAACCGCGAACGCUAAUCGGAACAGUUCGCAACGCGUGUUGCGUGCUACGGCGUGUGAGCGAGACUGCCAAAGCACUUUCAGCAGCAACAAUCGAAUCGAAGAUCCAUCUGGCCGUGGAAGGAAAGCUGUGUUCUUGACAAGCAUUUCUUGAAGCUAGAAGAACAGUUGCAAUCAGAAAUUGUUUUUUGCCCGUGAACCUUACCUGAGUAGCAAAUCGAAUCAAUCUCUCUCUCUCUCUCUCUCUCGUUCCAUUUGGUGCGCGGGACGCAACUUCCCGCGAAUCGAGCAAAUCGAAUUGUUCCAUCAGGAAUUGUUUUCCGUGAGUGCCGCUGCCGGUAAUUCAAAGUGCCACACAAAACCCAUUUCAACCUUGCGUGCGAAUGCUCGAAUCAUUGUCAAAGCGUCAGGCGGCGGGCGCGUUGCUGUAACAGCGCUGACGACCACGCGAAAAGCGUUUCGCUGUCCAAUCCACAAAUUCACCGAUCCACCGAUCAAGUUCUCAACGGUUCUGAGAAGAAAAGAAAGCCACUCGGCGACGGCGAAAAAUAGCAUCCCUUUAAUCCGCGUGACUGACGCCCGUGACUGCGGUAAAUUCUGCGAAACACUUUAACAAAUUCUUUCCUUCCUUCUCCUGCUCGUGGACUGCAGCGGUCGUGAAUAAAAGUGAACCAGGAUCGUGUGGCAGCAAGUGUUUCACUGGUUGUGUGAUUAAAUCACGGUGAGUUCGCAAAUUGAUGAGCUGAAAAUAUCGAUUUUGCCUCUCUCAAAUCUACUCAUCGCACGCAACGUGUAAUGGAACCGGAUAUCAUCUUCCGCGUGUGAUUCCGAAUAGUGUGUGAUUCGGUGAAAGGUUCCGCACCGGUUCCAGUGAGCACCGGCUUGAAAGUGGUACAAUCCAGUCUCGAAGGUGCUGUGACACACAGAGCAAAAGGAGCGCAAAGAAGGUUUGCAGUUGCCGAAAGUGUCAUCCCGUGAAAAUUGUGUGCCUGUACCGUGGUUGUUGGUCUGCGGUUGUGGGUAGUGUUACAGGUGUGCGAGUGCGUUUUCGGUGCGUGUGAUUCAUUAACAAAGUUUUCACAAGCUACCGUGAAAUUAUUGUCCACUAGUGCUGUUUAGUGUGAGUUCAAUUGUAACCCUGCCCCAGCGCAAAUCGGCCGAAAGAAACGAUCACCGAACCGAAGGGUGCUAAGUGAUUGAUCGACUGGUGACCGGGACCCCGACCAGUCUCCUACAGAUCGACAUGGAUUCUUUGCUUCGCUAUCGCAGGAUGACCGUCCCGAAAAGAUACGCCGAAUUCGUUGCACUGAUUGCAAUCUCGUGCACGCUGUUCCUGUUCCUGCACACCCAGAGCCUGACGUCGCGGUUGCGCGAAAUGGAGGACCGGCUCCAGCCACCGUCCUCCCUGUCGGCCGCCAGCGGUUUGAGUGGUAAUUCAAUUAGCCAAGCUUCGGCCGGAGCUAACCAAAGCCACCAUCCGGAUGUGAACAACCACCGCCAACACCACCACGAGCUGAUUGGCAAUCUGCAUCAUACGUACAACUAUCUCAAGAGCACCGGACAGAUGCAGACCCUGAAAGCGACCGAGCUGAACAACACACGCCGGGCCGAGAUCCCCAUUAUCUUCUUCAACCGGGUGCCGAAGGUGGGCAGCCAAACGUUCAUGGAGCUGCUGCGCCGAUUGGCCGUCCGCAACGAUUACACCUUCCACCGGGAUGUAGUACAGCGGCUGGAGGUGAUCCGAUUGGCACCCGAGCGUCAGCAGGAACUGGCCGAAAUGGUGAUGGAUCUACCGGUGCCGUCCGUGUACGUCAAGCACGUCUGCUACACCAACUUCACUCGGUUCGGGCUGCCGAUGCCGAUCUACGUUAAUAUGGUGCGCGAUCCGGUUGAGCGUAUCAUCAGCUGGUACUACUACGUUCGCGCUCCCUGGUACUACGUCGAGCGGAAGCAAGCAUUCCCCGAUCUACCGCUGCCCGAUCCGCGCUGGCUUAAGAAGGACUUCGAGACGUGCGUCCUGCAGGGCGAUCCGGAGUGCACCUACUCGCAGAAUGCCGUCCACGAGGGCAUCGGCGAUCAUCGUCGACAGACGCUCUUUUUCUGUGGACACGGUGAAGAGUGCCUCCCUUUCAACAGUGCCGGUGCGCUGGAACGGGCCAAGUAUGCCGUCGAAAGCCAGUACGCGGUGGUGGGCGUACUCGAGGACCUCAACACCACGCUGACCGUGCUGGAGAAGUACGUGCCGCGGUUCUUUACCGGUGCCAGCUCGGUCUACUUCAACGAGGUGAACGUGCUGCAGAAGAUCAACAAGAACAGCUUCAAGCCACCGGUCAGCGAGGAGAUUAAGGAUCUCGUUCGGCGAAACUUCACAAAGGAGAUCGAAUUCUACCAGUUCUGCAAGCAGCGACUGUACAAGCAGUAUCUCGCGACGCAGCUACCCCUCAACUAAUGUGUUCCUUUCGACAUGCCGUGUUUGUCGCAAUUCAUCAUCAAGCGAGCGGACCUUAGUAUGAUAAGGAAAAGCAGGAAAACCCUCACCACCCAACAAACCCCAACACACACACACACACACACACACUUACAUUCCCACAUCAUUAUUUAUGUAUAAACUAUUCAUCUAGCAAGUAGGAUCAAGCAAGGAGCAAGUGUUGAGUCCCCGGUUGGCGCUAACUGUAGCCGUCCGGCGGUGCAUUGUUUUGUGUUGUACGAGAAGACGAGAAAAUGUGUAAAAUAAAUAUUAAACGUAAAAUGUUAUCAAACCUAAAAUGUCUCCCGUCCUCACGAGCGCACCGGUUUGAACCUGUUUCGGAAGAAAGAACUUCAACGUUUUAUGGAUAAAUUUAAAUA